ACAAGGAGGUGGUUUAAAUUACACAAAAUCAGUUGAAAGCUGCUUAUGGCAAAAUAGCCAGCUCAUUUUAUUUACAUGUAUGAUUUCAUGUCUAUCUAGGGCAGACUCCAUUUCCCAUGUCCUUUGGCAGAGGCUCUCUGGGCCGCUUCGAGCGUGCUCACACUACAACCCCCUGUGACUACACGUCUCCAGGCUCAAUACAGAAUAAAGAUGGACUCUCUCAUUUAAGGCAUCAGAGAUCAUCAGCUACUUCUUUAAACUUGGACCCGCCUCCUCUACCAGACGUGCCCCCUGUUGGGUCCGAUUUUGACCCUUGCGAUAGCGAAAACGUCGAGAAUCCAACUGUUGACAUCAAACCCGUCCAUCGCUUCAUUCCUGACUCCUGGAAAAACUUUUUUCGGGGGAGCAACAGAAGCAGCAAGAGUUCUGCACCCAUAUCCAGUAGUUACAACACCACUACUGAGGGUGUUCAGUGCUCUCCUCCUCAUUCGCCCUCAGCUAUAGGAUCAUACAAGGAUCAGAAUGGGGACUCUCAAGACAGCUACCGCUUCCGCAAGGAACAUGAAGCUAUGCUAGAGGAUCAUUUCGAGUCAAUGGACAGUCACACCAUACACACCAAUGCACACACCGCUUUGACCUACAGUGAAAGAGUUGAGGAAUAUCACCAGCGUUAUGCCCAUAUGAAGUCCUGGCCAGGGCUGCUAAGGAUUCUUAAUUGCAUAGAGCUGCUUCUAGGGGCAGCUGUUUUUGCCUGUGUGUGUGCAUACAUUCACAAAGACAAUGAGUGGUAUAAUAUGUUUGGAUACUCACAGCCCCAAAUGUAUGGUGGCAUGUACACAGGCUAUGGUGACACUUAUUACACUGGACCCAAGACACCAUUUGUCCUUGUUGUCGCUGGUUUGGCAUGGAUAGUGACUGUAAUCAUACUUGUACUGGGUAUGACCAUGUACUAUCGAGCUAUACUGUUAGACUCAAACUGGUGGCCUCUUACUGAAUUUGCAAUCAACCUGGCCCUUGCUGUGCUUUAUAUGGCUGCUGGCAUUGUUUACGCCAGGGACACGACACGAGGUGGACUCUGCUAUUACCCCGUUUUCAGCAACGGCAUCAAUGCAGUUUUUUGUCGUACCGAGGCAGGUCAAACGGCGGCUAUUAUUUUUCUUUUUGUGGCCAUGAUAGUGUACCUGAUAGGAGCCAUUGUUUGCUUAAAACUAUGGAGACAUGAAACUUCACGGCGCUACAGAGAAAAGUAUGGCUAUGAGACAGUGGCAGUACCAAGGAAUUCUGAGCCUGUCUUGGUCUCCUCGGCAGCACCAGUUCAGACCAAACAUACAGCAGGUUCCACAGCCGUCAAAGCAAAAAUGGUUAAAGGCCAUAUUCCAUCCGGUCACAUUCCCAAACCUGUGAUUGUACCUGACUACCUAUCCAAGUACCCAGCUAUACGGACUGAUGAGGAGAGAGACCAGUACAAAGCAGUGUUUAAUGACCAGUACUCUGAAUAUAAAGAACUGCACUCAGAGGUUUAUGCAACACUUAAAAAGUUUGACGAGAUGGAUGGCAUGAUGCGCAGCCUGCCUCGAAACCCAGCUAAUCAGAUGGAAUUUGAUCGCAUAAACAGAAUUCUACAGGCAUAUCUGCAAAAGAAAAAUGACCCUUCAUUUCUUGAGAAGAAGGAGAGAUGCGAAUACCUAAAAAACAAGCUCUCGCACAUCAAACACUGCAUUCAGGAGUAUGAUAAGGUUAUGACAUGGGAUGAUGGCUAUAAAACGAUGUCUUACGUGCCGAAUGGUAGUCCUCCUCCCUAUGAGUCUGAACCUGACAAUGUGGUUCCACAACCUGCAUAUUCGUAUUAUGCCGAUGAUGAGAUCCAACACUUCUACCGCUGGUCCUCGCCACCUGGUAUCAUUAAGAUUAUGGCGAUCAUCUCCAUUGUCCUGUGUGUGGGAAUCUUUGCUUGUGUGGCCUCUACCUUGGCCUGGGAUACCGCUGGAAGUGUGACUGGCAUGUCAGGAGGCUACGGAGGGGGCUAUGGUGGGGGCUAUGGUGGGGGCUAUGGUGGGGGCUAUGGUGGGGGCUAUGGUGGGGGCUAUGGAAGUGCUGGCUCCUCAUUUGGUGGAGGUUUUGGUGGAGGAUCUUAUGGCUACGGCAUUCUGGGGUCACAGAACGACCCAAGGACAGCAAAGGGUUUUAUGAUUGCCAUGGCAAUAAUGACCUUUGCCAUUUUGCUAGCUAUGUUCAUUAUUCUGAUAUCUCACAACCACUUUUCACAAACAAGAAAGUUCUACCUAAUCUUCAUCAUUGUUACAGCCAUCCUGGCUUUUUUAAUGCUUGUGGCCACCCUGGUUUACCUGGUUGGAGUGAACCCUAUGGCACAGACUUCAGGCUCUGUGCAAUAUUACCAGGUACAGACCCUGUGUUCCCAGUACCAAGGUCCUCAGACCAAUGAACUAUUUGUCAAUCAGUACCUCUAUCACUACUGUGUGGUAGAUCCUCAGGAGGCAGUAGCUAUUGUUUUUGGAUUUUUGGUCUUGAUUUGCCUCAUCAUCAUGAUGGUUUUUGCCAUCAAGACCCGCCAGAAAAUAAAUGCUUUUGGAAAGGACAAUAUCUUGUGGCGACGAGUGAAAAAUGCUGACGACCCUGAUGCUCCCCAAGAUGUUGAGGAUUGGGUAAAUAAUGUCUCCAGUGAACCAGAGCAUGUGCUGAACGAGUUUCCACAAAAAUUUGGUGGCUCAAGGAAUUACCUAAAUGACAGCAUGACCUAUGACAAACCUCCUGAAAGUGACAGUCUUUUAGGUGUGGAACACAAUAUUCCAGUACAAAAUUCAGCUCCCUACUACAGCAGUUCUGAAGCAGCCAGUUCGGCAAGCAAGCCCAAAAAAAGACGUGCAGGGCGCCCUCGUCAAACUGAUGGCUACGACACUGACUAUGCAUCUUCUGGAGAUGAGCUUGAUGAAGACUUCUCUGGUGACUUCCCGCCAAUUCAUCAUGUGGAAGAUAGAGAUCAUUAUAAACAGAAGUUUGAUAGUGAUCACCAGGAGUACAGGAACCUGCAGGCCGAGCUCGAUGAUAUUAACAAGCGGCUGGCUGAGGUGGACCGUGAGCUUGAUGAGCUGGAGGAGGGGAGUCCACAGUACCUGGAUGCCAAGGAUGAGUAUAAUGCACUGAUGAACAAAAAGAGGAGUGGUGACUACCAGAAGAAGAAGAAAAGAUGCAAGCUCCUGAAGGCAAAGCUGAGCCACAUCAAGAGUAUGGUCAAUGAUUUUGACAGUAAAGAAUAAUAGCUCUGAAACAUUGAUUUGGCUGUAGUGGGAAAGUGAGUAUCUCGUCAGAAUGAAAUACAUCUAGAUCACUGGAAACCACCAAAUACAUUUAGCUGUUUUUACAUGUGCCUUGAUCCUAAUUUUUCUGCACUCUCUGAUAACCCUGUAUGGUUUAUAAGUGGUAAAAGGAGCUUUUGUCAAUAUAGGACAAAAUGUGAAAACUGUUUGUCUCAGAAUAUUAACAAGCUGUGUAUAAGCUUUUGCAAUAAUUGACAUAAGCUGCAACAACUUUUGUUAACUUAUUUUUACAUGAUCUACCUGUUUUUUGCUGAAAGGAUAUAAUUUUUUCUUCAUUUGAUUACACUUUGGGACUCAGGAAAAUCAUUGCUAUGUUCACUGUUGUAUGUAUUGCUUUUGACUGUGUAAGUAUUGUAAUUUUUUUUAAUGUUUUAUCUUUUUACACCCUGUCUACACAUGCAUUUUAUAUUUCUCAGA